AUGCAGUCCUUCUAUCAAGCAGAGGCGGCGAGCGGCUUGGCGAGCAGCCUGUGGCCCAAGAAGGGGGCGCCGCCCAUCUACAGCUCCCUGGGGCGGCGCUCGGAGGAGGCGCUGGCCAGGGAUCGCAGGAUCCGUGAUGCCGCGUCCUUCUCGGAGCUCCUGCACGCGUUGCAGGAGGGCCUGCCAGACUUCGACGAAGGGAGCUUGGUCAUUGCUUUCUGCGUCGGAGCCAAGCUGGUCGAUGAGAGGUCCCUGGCAUCAGUGGCCUCUUUGCCAGUCUGGGCAAGCCUGCAACAGCGUUUGCGUGACGCAACGCACCGCUUGGAGCCAAGGGGGCUGUCCAUGGUGGCCUACGCCUGCGCGAAGAUGGCCUGGCGCGAGGAAGCGUUCCUGCGUGAUGUUGCGGCGGCAUCGACGAAGAAGGCAGGGUUGGAGGCCUUUUUGCAGGCCCCCGACUUCGGGUCGACGGACAUCGCCAAGAUUUGCUGGGCCUACGCGAAGCUGGACUUCGUAGCCGAGGCCUCGGAGCUCUGGGCCGCCAUGGGCCAAGUGCUGCAGAAGGUACACUUGUCGCGGCACGUGGACUUGUCCAUGAUCGCCUGGGCCUUCAGCACCGCACGCCAGGGCGACGCCGCGCUCUACGCCGAGCUGGCAAGCGCAUCGCUGGACCUGAUGCAGGAGACUUGA